AUGGCAAAGUCUCUAGCUGUAUUGACGCUUUUAGCCGCUCUUUUUAUAGCGGUUGAUGCGUUUAGACCUUCUGGUUUAACCAAUGGCCACGCCACAUUCUAUGGAGGGAGUGACGCUUCUGGAACAAUGGGUGGAGCUUGUGGCUACGGAGAUCUUUACUCGGCGGGGUACGGUACAAUGACGGCGGCGUUAAGCACUGCUCUGUUCAACAACGGAGCUUCUUGCGGCGAAUGCUACAGAAUAACGUGUGAUUACGCGGCGGACUCACGGUGGUGCAAGAAAGGAGCUUCCGUGGUGAUCACAGCAACAAACUUCUGUCCACCAAACUUCGCUCUUCCCAACAACGACGGUGGCUGGUGCAACCCUCCGCUCAAACAUUUCGACAUGGCACAACCCGCUUGGGAAAAGAUCGGAAUCUACAGAGGAGGGAUCGUCCCCGUCGUGUUCCAAAGAGUAAGCUGUUACAAGAGAGGUGGUGUGAGAUUCAGAAUCAACGGUAGGGAUUACUUUGAGUUAGUGAACAUAUCGAACGUUGGAGGAGCUGGUUCGAUUCAGUCUGUGUCCAUUAAAGGGUCGAAGACUGGUUGGUUAGCUAUGUCUCGUAAUUGGGGAGCUAAUUGGCAAUCAAACGCUUAUCUUGAUGGUCAAUCUCUUUCUUUCUCUAUUACUACUACCGAUGGUGCUACGAGAGUUUUUCUCAAUGUUGUUCCUUCUUCUUGGUCUUUCGGACAGAGUUAUGCUUCAAAUGUUCAGUUUUGAGAUUCUUUUUUAAUUGUGUGUCUGAAAAGUUAUUGGCAGUGGUCGCGCUCUUUGUCUCUGUUUCUUUUCUCCCGGAGCCACC